AAAAAUAAAUUUAAAGGAUCAACACGCACCGUUUUAUUCGUAUGUGUAAAUGAUUAGCUGAAACCGAUAGCCGCAACUCCAGCCCCACGCAACAUCGCCAAUGGAAGUUACAGAACCUCCCACCUCAAACAAUGAAGAAGACGACGACAUUUUCUACGACGCCCUCGACGACUUCCCCUCCACCACCGAUCAAUCAGAUCAGUUCACGUCACCCUCCACACUAUCUUUCCCAGACUCCACACCUUCUCAGGCCACCAGCCUCCGCCGCCGAUCAUCUCGCCGAGCAAUCUCCGGCGACGAGUCGAAGACUUCCACUUUAGAAUCCACGCUCAGCUCCGAAAUUGACUCGAUCAACGACACGAGGCUGAGUAUCAGAGCCAGAAAAUUUAAGCUUCGCCGGAAUUUGAAGGAGCCCGAGUCGACUCGGGACGGAGUCAGCUCAGUGCAAGUUCCGAGUGACCAGAACAACGAGGGUUCGACUGUAACUACUGCCGGGAAUGACGACCCAGUUGGUGAAUCGGCCGACUCGGCCGCACAACUCGGUGACUCUUCGUUUAACCUUCUUGUGUUUUUGGCCGGGAUGAUAAUCAAGGCAAUUGGGCUCCAAAUUAACUUAUUCAUUAGCAUCUUUACAUUUCCCAUAUGGAUUUUGCACCAUUCUUACAUGCUUGUCAUCGACCCCUUCCAAAUUGUGCGUCGAGGCCGAGAGUAUUUGACCACAGAGGUGUUAAAUUUAUGGAAAUUGGCUGGUGGGUAUGUGAGUCCUCAGGUUUUCCAGUGGUUGAAGGACAACAACUCGGUCUGGAAGGUGGCAUUGCGAUGUGGGUGGGGUUUGUUUUGGUCAUGCUAUGUUUGUUUCGUUUUGUGUGGUCUUUUGGUCACGUCGCUUGUGUUUAGUGGAGUUUUGAUGAGGAGCAUCGUGGCCGAGCCAAUGCAUAUGAAAGAUAUGUUGAACUUUGAUUACACUAAGCACAGUCCGGUGGCCUAUGUACCGGUAAUGUCGUGUGCCGGUGCCAGUUGUGGUGCGGAUUGUAAAGAAAAGGUUCAAGCUGGGGAGAGUUUCGGGUUUCGAGCUAUACCUCGUGGUCACAAAGUGGCGGUCACUGUUUCAUUCGUAUUGCCUGAAUCAGAGUACAACAGGAAUCUUGGGGUCUUUCAGGUCAGGGUACAGUUCCUGUCUGUCAAUGGUAAAACCCUUGCCAGUUCAAGCCAUCCAUGCAUGUUACAAUUCAAAAGCGAGCCUAUCCGCCUUCUAUUGACUUUCCUUAAGGUUGCUCCUCUUGUUGCCGGCUAUGUUUCGGAAUCCCAAACUCUGAAUCUGAAGUUCAGAGGGUUUAUCCAAGGUGAAGUUCCUACUGCCUGCUUAAAGCUGACAAUUGAACAACGUGCUGAAUAUCAGCCUGGUGCCGGUAUUCCCCAAAUAUAUGAUGCAUCGGUGACCCUUGAGUCAGAACUUCCGCUAUUUAAAAGGUUUAUAUGGAAUUGGAAGAAAUCUAUAUUUGUAUGGAUGAGCAUGAUGUUGUUUAUGAUGGAGAUGCUCGUUACUCUAAUCUGCUGCAGACCAUUAAUUAUUCCAAGAGCAAGACCAAGGGUUGGUUCUGUUAGCAGCAGUGCCACUCAAAGCAGCCUCCCAGUACGAAAUUAGUAGGGAAAAUGCCGGUAACUAUGGAAGUAGGGAAACCUUUUAUAUAUUUUGUCACUAUUUAACCUAUUCAAUUCUAUAGUCUCUAACUUAAAUUUUUCCA